CGGCGCACGUGGGGCGUUGGCGGGAGCGAUGGCGGGGGCGCCCCAGGGGGUACCUGGGACCGCCGUGCGGCCUGCCGACGAGGAGAUGCCUGAGCUGUCCGACGGUGAGGAGGCCUGGGAGGAGGAAGAGCAGGAGGAGGAAGGCACUACUGAGGGCCUGCGGACCCGCUGCCUUUUCUGCGACAGGUUGUUUACUUCUGCUGAAGGUGUGUUUUCCCACUGCAAAGCAGAGCAUGAAUUCAAUGUUUGUGAUGUGAUCCAGAAACAUGGACUUGAUUUUUAUGGAUACAUUAAACUAAUAAACUUUGUUAGAUUAAAGAAACCAACAGGACCAUAUUUGAGUUCUGUCAGCAGCCCACUGCCCUGGGAAGGAGAGGAAUAUUUGAAACCAGAGCUAGAAGAUGAUCUCCUCCUUCAAUUUGAUAUAGAAGAUCUUUGUGAAUCUGAAAACGCGUUGCCUUGUAAUGGCUUAAAUGAUAACACAGUGCUCCUUGAGCAAUUAAAACAUGCAGAACACAGAGCAAGACUUGCAGAAGAAGCUUUGGCUGGAGCACAAGAGGAUCUUCGAAAAAUGAGGCAAUUUGCACAGGAUUUUGUGCUGAACGCAGAUGUUGGGAGCAGCUUGUCAUCCAGUGCCAUUGCAGACCUUCAGGAGGAUGAGGAUGGCGUUUACUUCAGCUCGUAUGGGCAUUAUGGGAUACACGAAGAGAUGCUAAAGGAUAAAGUGCGUACAGAAAGCUAUCGUGACUUCAUCUACCAGAACCCACAUAUCUUCAAGGACAAGGUCGUCUUGGAUGUUGGCUGUGGAACUGGAAUACUCUCCAUGUUUGUUGCCAAAGCAGGUGCAAAAAAAGUGAUUGGAGUUGACCAAUCUGAAAUCAUCUAUCAGGCCAUGGACAUCAUUAGAUUAAAUAAACUUGAAAAUGUCAUUACAUUAGUCAAAGGAAGAAUCGAAGAAGUAGAUCUGCCUUUGGAAGAAGUGGAUGUGAUAAUAUCUGAAUGGAUGGGUUAUUUCCUUCUCUUUGAGUCAAUGCUGGAUUCUGUCAUCUAUGCAAAGGACAAGUACCUGGCUGAGGGAGGCUCAGUUUAUCCUGACAUGUGCACCAUUAGUCUAGUAGCUGUUGGAGACAUGAAGAAACAUGCAGACAAGCUGCUUUUCUGGGAAGAUGUAUAUGGCUUUGACAUGUCUUGCAUGAAGAAGGCUGUAAUUCCAGAAGCUGUUGUGGAAGUUCUGGAUCCAAACACAGUGAUAUCUACAGCCAGUGUCAUUAAGUGUAUUGACUGUAAUACUGCAUCCACUCCAGACUUAGAAUUCUCUUCAGAUUUCACCCUGACCAUCACAACGAGCACAAAGUGUACGGCAAUUGCUGGGUAUUUUGACAUCUUUUUUGAGAAGAACUGUCAAAAUAAGGUCUUGUUUUCAACUGGUCCCCAGUGUACCAAAACACACUGGAAACAGACAGUUUUUCUCCUGGAGAAACCAAUUCCUGUAGAAGAAGGAGAAGCCCUGAGAGGAAAAAUAACAGUCCGCAAGAACAGAAAGGAUCCACGGUCCCUCUUUAUAACUCUCUCCAUGAAGGACACACAGCAAACCUACAGCCUUCAGUGAAAAUUCUGUUCAUAUCAGUGUUAGAUUUAAAUGUUAGAGUUACCCAUUGAUAACCGUUUCUAAAUAUCCAAAAAUUAUAAACUCUAGGGUUUGUGUAUAUAUAGACACACACAAGAAUAUGCAAAGCUUACCUAGAAUGGAGGGAGAAAUAUUUGGAUGUUUUUGCAUCCAGUGUGGAUGUGGAGACUGACUACAGAAUCAGAUUCUGCUGUGUUUCACAUGAUGUGGGGAAGGCAAGAAAGAUGGCUUUGGUUACGUGAGUCUACUAGGUGAGAAAAAUCAGAUUAACGUCUUGCUGUGAGGAAUAAUAAAUACAAUCUCUCAAUAUUUUCUCUCCAGCAGGCAAAAUCCUUUUGUGAUUUAUUUUAUUUUUCAGAAGAACCUAAGUUGAAGUGCCAGUGCACCUCAACAGUAGCCAGAAGGUCCCAGUGAGAAUAAGUGUGGACUUCCAACUGCAGGAUUGCAGCAACAAAGACUUUAUUUUUAUUACACUUUUUCAAUUAAAAAGUUGUAUCACUGCUCAGUUACAUUUAUCUAAAUAAAUGAACCGAGUAUGUUGUAUAAUGCA